AUGAGCAACGCCAGCAGCGCCCACGAAGAGCCCACCGCCAGUGGCAGUGGCAGUGGCAGCAGUUCAAACUCUAGCGACAGCGGCCACCCGACUCCAUUGAAGCCCUCGUCCGGGAACUUCAUGGAAAGCUUCAUGGCGUCUAUAGGCUCAGAACGUGAAUGUGAAGAAUUCGCUUUCCAGCUUUUGGCGUCGUUGCCAAGGUCGCAUCUGGCGACCAUACGCCGCCGAAUAGCCCCCCUGCUUCAAUUCGACCUCGUUGGCUCUUUGCCCAUAGAGCUGGCGCUGCAGGUGUUUUCACAUCUCACGGCACAGACACUCUGGACAUGUGCGCUGGUCAAUCGCCGGUGGCGGACCCUCGCGGAUGACCCUGCGCUGUGGAAGGCGUUGUGCGACGAGCGGGGAUGGGUCUGGAAGGACUCGGCGAACGCAAAUGGCUUUGAGGCGAAUCGGACGCUGCAGAUAGGCUCGGAGCCUUGGGAUGAUUCCGACGACGAGGGCAUGGGAGCCUCCGACGAGGAGGACGAAGAGGAAGGCGAAGCUACUACUACGUCUGUGCUAAGCGAAGUCGAAAAGGCGAAGAUCAUGUUAACGCAAAUGCAUGCCGAGCUGGACUCUGGCUUCGCGAGUAUGUCGACGGCGGGUGGUUCGUCAUUUCUGGGGAGCCUGUCCUUCACUUCAUCAUCGACGGCAUCCGGUUCUGGUUCUAAUUCUAACAACGCGACGCAUUUGCCUGCCAGGCCGACCAUCUUUCAUCCGGCCGGCACGUUUCCAGCUCAUAACCCGGAACCUUCGAUCUGCGAACCAAACUACAAGCUACUCUAUCAGACCCAUAUACGGUUAUACAAUCGCUUCGUUUCCUCCUCGUAUAGAUUGAGAAUCCUACCUAAACGCGGACGCGAACGAUUUUCCAACGCGCACACCAACACCAUAUAUUGUCUUCAGCUAUAUACGUACCCAUCGGGUAAACAAGUUUUAUUCACGGGAUCUCGGGACCGCACCGUUAGGGAAUGGAAUUUACAGACGGAGAUGGUGGAGAGGGUUAUUAGCGGGGUGCAUGAAAGCUCAGUUCUCAGUAUAUGCGUUCACAAUGGUUUUCUGGCCAGCGCGGGCAGUGACAGGCGGGUCGCGGUGUGGGACUUGACCAGAGACAGAUUGGUCAAGGUAAUCUGUGACCACGAUGACAGCGUCCUGUGUGUACGCUUUGAUGACGAGAGACUCGUUUCGUGUUCAAAAGAUCGGACGGUGAGAACGUAUACGUUCCCGGACCUCAUUCCGCAAUUUGUCCUUGGGGCACACCGCGCCGCAGUCAACGCGGUGUCAAUCUCCAAGUCGCUCAUUGUCUCCGCCUCUGGAGAUCGAUCGAUUCGACUCUGGGAUACAAGGACGGGCGCACUUCUCCAAACCUUCGAAAACCACCAUAGUCGAGGAAUUGCUUCCAUCGACUUUAAGCCCCCAUUUGUGCUGUCUGGUUCCUCUGACAAACACCUUCGUUUCUUCGAUGUGACGUCUUUGAAAGGAUGGUCAACCUCCCCAGAGCUUCACUACGAGGGAAACACGGCCGCCGACGCUGCACCACCCUUGCCACUUCCGACACUCGAUUCCAAUUGGAUCAACCUGAUGAUGUGCCAGGCGUGCGGAUGCUUGAAUUCAGUGAACACCAUGGAAGGAGGUACCUGUGACGCUGUUGGUCUAGGCGCCUCCGCAGUCCGAGCCGGACCUGCUACUGCAUCUUCGGCCAACAACUGUGCCCCUCAUAGGGAUCUGGUGAGAAGUGUCGCCCUCGGCGAGCAUUUCGUACUAAGCGGCAGCUACGACCUGAGCAUCAAGGUGUGGGACCGCAACACGGGUGCACUUGUUGCUAAUCUUAAAGGAGGUCAUACGGGCAGGAUAUUCUGUAUUGGCUUUGAUUGUGCCAAGAUUGUCUCAUGUGGAGAAGACCAGAGAAUCUGCAUCUGGGACUUCUCUCACGGCAUAGAUACAUCUUUCAUUCAGCUACAAUGA